AACACUGGACGUCGAUCGAUCUUGCCGACUCCACUCUGAACGCAGAGCUUGAGGUCAAACGGGUAUAAUAGCUGGGCUAUUGACGACCUUACACAUUCCUUUGGAUAACCACCACUCGUUUUCCUGAUAAUCAACACCAGUACACUGCUAGCCAGUGUCCAUACCACUCUCGCGAAACACACCUCGAUCAUCGAAAGGAACGUUCGACAUGUUCCUCCAAUACCUCACUUCCUCGGCCGUCCUGCUUCUCCUGGCGAGGCUCGCAACCCCGGUGACCGCUGCCGUCCCUUCAGGUGGAUGGCAUUUCGACGAAGUCUACACGCUCGUCACCGAACAGCUCGACCCGAUCGUCAACCCUAAUGCGCAGGGGACGCAUAUGCACCGGGUGAUUGGAGGAAGCAACUUCCGAGCGGCUUAUAGCUUUGAUGCGGCACGAUCCGGGAGCUGUAGUACGGUCGGCGUUCAGGGGGACAAGUCCAACUACUGGAUGCCUCAGCUCUAUGGAAUCAACGACGGUGGCAAGAGCUUCACCCCUAUCGGCGUAGCCACCCGGUUCUACUACUUUAUCGCACCCAACAACGACGUCGACCCGGUCGUCCAGUUCCCUGACGGUCUAAGGAUCCUUUCGGGAAACCCGAACAGCAAGACUGCGAACCCCAACAACUAUGCGUAUGUCUGCCAGGUCGGUCAGACUAACCGAGAUCAGGAUGUCACUCGGUCCGACUUCAACUUUGACAUUGCUUGUCCGAGGGGGAUCAAGACCAACCUCUACCUGCCCAACUGUUGGAACGGAAAGGACCUUUGGUUGCCAGGAGGCGCUCAUAUGGCACCCACUGCUGCAGGAAGUUACCGAGGCGGUUCUUGUCCCUGGAGUCACCCUAUCAAGCUGCCUAGCAUCAUGUUGGAAUAUGCUUGGUACACUCAUCAGUGGAAGGACGGUGCUACUGCUCCUCUGAAGGGAAAGCUCGCUUGGGCCAACGGAGAUACCACUGGAUACGGGAUUCACGGCGACUUUACCAACGGAUGGGACCGAAGCUUGUUGGCCCGUGCUAUGGCCGACAAGUCUUGCACUUCUGGGAGCGUCAUUGGCGCGCAUGAAUGUUCCAUCUUUUCUGCCAACAUGGACGUGACCAAGGCUAGGAACUGUAAACCCGACGCUGGAGUUCUGGCUGAAAGAGCUGGAAAUGGGGAUGGUAUCACCAUCGCCACCUUGCCCGGUUGCAACCCUCUUUGGGGAAACACUCCCAACAAGCCUACCUGCUCCAGCCCUGCCCCGCAAUAUGACAUCUCCCGAUUCAAAGCGACCGACGGUUCUAUGGUCGCCGUUUCCUCUCAACGUCGAGACCGACCCAUCCCCUCUUCCGCCGGUUGGAUCCCUCUUGGAUGCGUCAAGGAGACCGGCAGCUUCAUCGAUGCCAAGGCGUAUCUCUGGCCCAAGAACUUGACGCAGGAUGGGUGCAUGAAGCGUUGUGCGACCGAUGGAAAGAAGUUUGCCGCGGUCGGAAACCACGCUGAUAACUGCAUCUGUUCAAACGGUAUCAAGGACAGUGCUCCUGUCAUGACCGGACUGUGUACCGCUCCUUGUCCCGGAAACUCUGCCCAGACUUGCGGUACCGCCUACGCCUUCAACGUCUACGGUGCGGGUCCCGGCACCACCGCCUCGUCCCCAGCUAAACCUGUCAACGUCGUCCGUUCAUUCGAAGAAGACCCGGUCGAGGUCGAGGUCGAGAAACGAUCUGGAUGGAAGGCGAUGCUGGGUAGCGGACAGGGCAAGAUGAUUAAACGAGCGGACCGGGCUCUGGAUUGAGCGGGAUGGCCACCAUACGCCAUACGCCGUUCCUGCAUAUCGGAUCUUGCAACGAGGGAUUUGACGACUCGCCACGAUCUUUACCGAUUCACAUUACCGUUCCGAAAACUGUACCGAUAGGACCAUUCCCGGCU